AUGUUUCUUUCGCCACUGUAUGAUGGACUUGAGACUAAUAUACCACAUGGGCUUAUGCAAUUCUCCGAUUUAUCAUUUCCUGACCGAACUCAGUUGUUUCCACCAUUUGAAGCUGUUCUUGAGUAUCUGAGAGAAUACAGUCAGGAUGUUGAACAUCUUAUUCAAUUUCAGGUGCAGGUCGUGGACAUCAAACCUAAAGAUAAGAGUCUUGGGACUUGGGCAGUUACCCGGAAAGAUCUGGUUAGUGGAGUAUUCCAAACCGACACAUAUGACGCAGUUGUCAUUGCAAAUGGACAUUACAAUGUGCCAUAUGUACCGUCGAUCCCUGGAAUAUCCGCAUGGAAGGAAGCGUACCCCCAAGGAAUAAUCCAUUCGAAGCUAUAUUUCGACUCUACGCCGUAUAAGGACAAGAAGGUUGUUAUUGUUGGGAAUUCUGCUUCUGGUCUAGACAUUGGGGCGCAGAUUAACAAAGUCUGCCAACAGCCUCUCAUUUCAUCAGUCAAAUCGGAGUCUUAUCUCUUAUCGGGCGUAGCGUCAGAUCGAAAAGAAUACCCGCCAAUUGCCGAGUUUAUGCCGCCGGAGACUCAUACUCGUGCAAUCCGGUUUUCCAAUGGUGAGAUUAUAGAGAACGUUGAUGUUGUCCUUUUCUGCACGGGAUAUCUUUACUCCUUUCCCUUUCUCUCUGGGCUGGACAUGCCCGUGGUUUCCGAUGGUGGCAGGACGUUGCAUGUGUAUCAACACUUAUUCUACAUUGAACAGCCCACACUUGUGUUUCCAGGACUACAUCAAAAGGUGAUCCCGUUCGUACAAGCGGAGAAUCAAUGCGCUGCAUUUGCUCGAGUAUGGUCCGGGAGACUUAACUUACCUUCGAAGAAGGAGAUGUAUGAAUGGGAGAACUCCAAUGUUGAAGCACGAGGCUCCGGGAAAGCCUUUCAUGCCUUAGCUUAUCCACUUGACGCUGAUUAUCUUAACGAAAUGCACGAUUGGGUGGCAAGCGCUAAGCCAAGGCCCGGACUGGCAAAUGGCGGACAUGGAAAAUGGGGAAUAAGAUGGGGUGAAAAGGAGAGAUGGAUAAGAUCUAAGUUCACCCUGAUAAAGCGAGAAUAUGCUGCGCUUGGGGAAAAUAGAAGAGCGUGUCUAACACUUGAAGACCUUGGUUUCGAUUUUGAGGCAUCGAAAGCAGCAGAGGAGAAGAAUUAA